AUGGCUAGUUCAAACACAUCUGUUAGUAAUAGAGGAAACUUUAGAGAACUUUUAAGAUUUCAAAUAAAAUCUGGCGAUAAGGUAUUAGAAAAUCAUCUCAAGACAACUCAUGCUAAAGCUACUUAUUUAAGUAAUACAAUUCAAGAAGAAAUAAUAGAAUGCUGUAAAGAAGAAAUUAUUUAUAAAAUAUUAACAGAUAUUAAAUCUAAUAAGUUUUAUAGAAUCAUAUUUGAUGAAACCACAGAUGUGUCACAUUCAUCUCAAAUGACACUAGUUUUAAGAUAUAUUUUUGGUGAAAAAAUAAAAGAAGACUUUGUUUCAUUCAUAAACUGCCACAUAUACUUUUAUAAUAACCAAAAAUCAAACCAAGAGGAACAGAUCAAUGACAAUGAAGAAUCUACAGAAAAUGAUGAAAACACUCUUAUUGAACCUAAACUCACUGGUGAUAACACUGUUGGAAUUUCUACUGAUGGUUGCUCGGUAAUGACUUCCACUGUUCGUGGCGCUGUUAAAUAUAUUCAAUCUAACGCAACUCCAAACGCGGUCUAUAGCCCAUGUUCUAAUCAUUGUUUAAAUUUAUCAAUUUCUAAAUCAUCUAGUGUAAUGUCAAUUAAAAACUCUGUUGGUAUUAUUACAGAAACUGUAAAAUUUUUUAAUAUGUCAGCAAAAAGAAAUUUUGUUCUAAAAAAAAGUAUUUGUGUUGUUGAUAUCAAGUCGGAUGAUAUAAAUUAUAUUGCAGAAAUUGUUGAUAAAGAAUACUCAUAUUUACACAUAGAAAAACAAUAUUUAACUUCUGAACUUGAAUUAUGGAUUGCCAAAUGGACCAGAGUUAAAAAUGAAGGAGGUCAUAUACCAAUUACUGUCAUAGAUGGUUUGGAUCAUUGUCAGGAUGUACUAUUCCCAAAUAUUAAAACAUUGCUUUUAAUUAUUGGUAGUCUACCCAUCAGCGUUGCAUCAGCUGAAAGAAGUUUUUCUACUUUGCGCAGGUUAAAGGAUUGGUUAAGAUCACGAAUGUGUCAAGAUAGAUUAAAUGGUUUAGCUUUACUUCAUGUUCAUAAGGAAAAAGAAGUAUCAAUAGACAACAUCAUUGAACGGUUUUCAAAAGUUAAAAAAAAGAAAUAUGGGAAUUGA